AUGGCUUCUAAGGAACCGGAAUCACAAUCUGUGUCCGACGUGGCAGAAGAACGGGAACAGAAAGCCCAGCGCGCAGCUCGACGCGACUUUAUUGACUCGCGCAUUGCGGAGCUCCAAGAAGAGAUUAGAAAAUGGAGGAGCGACAGAAACGAGCUGUCUCCAAUAUCUCGGUUGCCACCGGAGGUGCUCAGUCGCGUCUUCAUUCACCACCAGCAACAUCGUACAUCGUCACACGUGAAGGCCUUUGACUGGACCAAGGUCGCACAUGUUUCACGGUAUUGGCGGGAUACAGCGCUGGGCUGCCCGGAGCUUUGGUCCAAUAUCACCACCUCCAACUCCCACUGGGCCCAGGCUAUGUUUGAGCGCUCCAAGCAGGCCCCAAUCUCCCUCUCAUUCUGGGCGUACUGGGACACGAAACCCCAACUUGCCGAGAUGAUCAAAAGCGCAUUCUCGCAACCACACCGUCUGAAGGACCUCAAAAUCACCGGUCACAACGAUUUCGUUCACCAACGACUCGAGGAGCUUUCUCCCUCGACACCCAUUCUCCGGAGCCUGGUGCUCGAAUGCGGCCCUGGCUAUGGCCAGUCGAGGAUCCCGGAUAACCUUCUGGGAGGCCAGGCGCCAAUGCUUCGGGACUUGCAUUGGACCGGAUACCAGUUUUCCUGGUCUACCAUCUCGUCCAUAUCCUCCAGCCUCACAUCGCUCAAGUUGAGCAAUUCGAUACCCAGGACAUCCGACAAUGCUCCAAGUCCGGAAGCCUUCUUUGGAGGGUUCCAGUCUAUGAAGAACCUACGCGAACUGGAUCUGGAUCUCAACCUUCCAAUUCAUCCCCUCUCAACGUUCCUCAUCAUCCCACUCCCGCAACUCGAAUCUCUCACAAUACGCGGAAGUUUCCGUGAAUGUGGGACUGUUAUGAAACAUUUUGCCCUUCCUCCUGCUCUCUCCGCCAAGUUCUAUAUAUUCAACAGUCCGGAUGACACCGAAGGCGACGUAAUGGCAUUUGGGAACUCGAUAUCAUCAUCUUGGCUUGCCGGGCCCCUCUCCAAUUCUUCCUACGGCUCGUCGUGCAGACUCGAAUGCAUCUCCGUCAAUAGCGACCUCUACCGUGCAAUCAUCGAGGCAAAUAACGCCCCUGAAAUGAUGGAACUCGUUGACCGGACUCGGGAUCAUCCAACCCUGUACUUGAGACUUGACAAAAACACAUUCCUCCCUGAGCUCCUCGCCGCACUCCCCUUGAACGACGUCCUCGCCCUCAACCUGAACUCCAGCUGCUCCUCCCACGAACUGAUGCCUUUAUCCCGCUUACCAUCCCUUCACACGAUUUACGCCGAGCGAUACGCCGCCGAAGAUUUUGUCUUUUACGCCAAAGCUGAUCCUGCUCUUGAUAUGACAACGCCCGACUCGACGAGUGAACCAAGAAGUGGAUCUCUGACUCGCUUUGCAUCGGUCAAACGACUCGUAUUCGAAUCCGCCGACUUUGAAGGCAUCGACAUGGAUGUGUUUUUGGACUGGUUGAUGAUGCGGUACGAGUUGGGAGGAGAGAUCGAGUCGUUGGAACUGAACGGUUGUGUGAGGCUGUAUGGGGAGGACGUGGAUAGGAUCGAGGAGGUUGUAGUGGACGUCGACUGGGAUGGGGACGAGAUCGAGUGCUAUUCGGACGAAGAGGAUGAUGAGGAUGACGGCGACUAUCAUGAUGGCUGCGGCAUGCCGGGAUGCACCCCAUCGUCGACUGCCUUCGAGUCGAAAGAGAGAAGGGAAUUGGAUGGAUAG